AUGUUUAACAAAUCCUCCCUUCUAUUCUCACUAUUCCUCGCGCUCUCGGCGGCCUCCACGCCCGCCGUUAUUGCUCGUACCUCGCCGACGCCAAAUACAUUGACCAAAUCUUAUCAUUCGACGAACGGCGGUAGCAUAGCCAAGGCGGACCAAACGCGUGCGACACAUCUUCGAAAGCAGGCGUUGAAACCUAUCGGGAAACGAGCCUCCGGUCCCGCCCCGGCCAAUAAUCAAGUUGUUCUUUACACAGCAAACCUAACAGUGGGAGAUGUGCACAACGUCACACUUUUGAUCGACACUGGCAGCUCUACGACGAGCUGUACCGGGCAGAAGUGCUCCGUCCGUAACCCAACGGGGGAAGGCGAAAUGCUUAUGUAUGGAUCAGCUCAAUUCAUUGGACAAGAAACCGUGCAGUCUGUCGAGUUUGGACAAUAUCAAGUUCAGAACCAGUCUGUUGCUAUUGGUACGUUCGAUCGUGGUCUGGCGCCCUUCGAUGGUAUACUUGGACUUGGCCCAACCGAUCUCAAUGAAGGCACCCGCCUUCUCAAUAAGAGUGCGGUCUCCACUUUCGCCGACAAUCUGGUCAGUGAAGGACGCAUAGAGCGCAACGUCGUUGGGAUCUACUACUCGCCCACUGUUAAGGGUGGCGAAGAUAACGGCGAGAUUACAUUUGGUGCUAUUGACACGUCGAAAUGCAGUGGGGAGUUGAAAUACGUGCCAAUAACGAAUAGCAGCCCUGCCAACAAAUACUGGGGUGUCGACGCAUCCGUUACCUACAACAAUGGGCUGUUGCUCAACUCUACGGCUGGUAUUGUUGACACAGGAACGACAUUGGUCCUUCUUUCGACAGAUGCGUUCAACCGCUACGUGGAAGCCACGGGCGCCACCAAGGACGAGGCAACAGGUCUCUUAAGCAUCCCCGCCUCGAGCUAUGGCCAACUCCAUAGUUUGAACUUUAAAAUCGGUGGAUUCACCUUUGAGAUGACCCCGGAUUCUCAGGUCUGGCCACAAUCUCUCAACGAGUGCAUAGGAGGCCGAAACGACGCCAUGUAUCUGAUAAUUGGAGACUUGGGAGCGUUUGGAGGGACUGGCCUCGAUUUUAUUCUGGGCUACACCUUUUUGGAACGGUUCUAUUCGGUAUACGACAUGUCCCUGAAGCAAAUCGGGCUCUGCUCGACGAGUAACACGUUUAGGGUAACAAACAGCAGACCUUCCACGGAGGGUUCCGCGUUCUGCUCCCAAGUUCCGGUGGCGCCCCCGGCGCGGGUGGGCCCUGCGCUGCCAGUAGCCAACAAUACUACCGCCGUCUCACCUUCUCAGUGA